AAAAUUUUCAGUCGAGCGCUGAUACCGAACAAGGAAGGUCGGUCUAGGCAGAGAUUCUCUACUCGUCUCGCGGGCUUCUUACACAACACUUAAGCGCAGAGCAAAAGAAUAGAAAAUUUUUGAGAAUAGAAAUAUUAUAUAUAUACUGUGUGGUGGUGGAAAAUAGUUGGAAAAAGUCAUAUAUAUGUACAUAUAAUAAGGAUAUUGAAAAGUUUUUGAAGUAAAAUCCGAAAAGUACAAACCGCUACGCUUAGGCGGAAACAAUUCAACGACAGUAUUUGGCAUACAAAAAGAAAAUCAAUUAACAAGAGUAUAAAGUGCAAAUCAAACGUUUAAUUACAUAUACGUCCAAGCAAGGGAGAAUUUCAAAACGCGCUAGGGGCUACUUAGUAACCCCCGGAAAAAAACCAACAACAACUAUAACAUCGAAUAGAAACAGGAAAAAUUAUUGUGUAAUACCACCCCGAGUAGCUGCCGCAGCAGUCAGAAUUUUCGCCUUAAAUAUUUUUUUUUACCACUAAACGACAAACCGCAACAUGAGUGACGAUCAGCAUGGGAGAGCGGACUCUUAUCGUAUCGCCACGGUUAUACCAACCGAUGACGACAAUCGUACAGCCGAUGGUCACUUAAAGUCUAAACGCAGGAUGCCACCAAAACCGGCUAAAAAGGAGAAUCUUGAGGAUCUCAAACAGGAGUUAGAUAUCGAUUUUCAUAAAGUCACUCCUGAAGAACUGUAUCAGCGCUUUCAGACGCAUCCAGAGAAUGGUCUGAGUCACGCCAAAGCCAAGGAGAAUCUUGAACGAGAUGGCCCUAAUGCGCUUACACCACCCAAACAAACACCCGAAUGGGUGAAAUUCUGUAAGAAUUUAUUCGGCGGUUUCGCCAUGUUGCUGUGGAUCGGUGCUAUACUUUGCUUCGUGGCCUACUCCAUUCUGGCCAGUACCAGCGAAGAGCCCUCAGACGAUAACUUGUAUCUGGGUAUCGUACUUUCGGCUGUAGUCAUAGUUACCGGUAUUUUCUCAUACUAUCAGGAAUCGAAAAGUUCAAAGAUCAUGGAAUCGUUCAAAAACAUGGUGCCCCAAUUCGCUACUGUCAUUCGUGAAGGUGAGAAGCUCACCUUACGCGCUGAAGACUUGGUGUUGGGUGAUGUGGUUGAAGUGAAGUUCGGUGAUCGUAUCCCAGCUGAUAUACGUAUCAUUGAGGCGCGCAACUUCAAAGUGGACAACUCAUCGUUGACCGGCGAAUCUGAGCCACAGUCACGUGGACCUGAAUUUACACAUGAAAAUCCAUUGGAAACUAAGAAUUUGGCUUUCUUCUCUACCAACGCCGUCGAGGGCACCGCCAAGGGUGUUGUCAUCAGCUGUGGUGAUCACACUGUAAUGGGUCGUAUUGCUGGUUUAGCUUCGGGUUUGGAUACUGGCGAGACACCAAUCGCCAAGGAAAUUCAUCAUUUCAUUCACUUGAUUACCGGUGUCGCCGUAUUCUUGGGCGUGACAUUCUUCGUUAUCGCUUUCAUCUUAGGUUACCAUUGGUUGGAUGCUGUUAUCUUCUUGAUCGGUAUUAUUGUAGCGAACGUGCCCGAAGGUCUGUUGGCCACCGUGACUGUAUGUCUGACAUUGACUGCCAAGCGUAUGGCAUCGAAGAAUUGUUUGGUAAAGAAUUUGGAAGCUGUGGAAACAUUGGGAUCCACCUCGACCAUUUGCUCCGAUAAGACCGGCACCCUCACCCAAAAUCGUAUGACCGUCGCUCACAUGUGGUUUGAUAAUCAAAUCAUCGAGGCCGAUACAACUGAAGAUCAGUCGGGUGUGCAAUACGAUAGAACCAGCCCUGGCUUCAAGGCGCUCUCUCGCAUUGCUACCCUCUGUAAUCGUGCCGAAUUCAAAGGCGGUCAAGAAGGUGUACCAAUUUUGAAGAAGGAAGUUAGCGGUGAUGCCUCCGAAGCGGCGCUGCUUAAAUGCAUGGAAUUGGCGCUGGGCGAUGUUAUGAAUAUACGCAAACGUAACCGCAAAAUCGCUGAAAUUCCAUUCAAUUCGACCAACAAAUACCAAGUGUCCAUUCAUGAAACUGAAGAUCCCAGUGAUCCACGCUAUUUGCUUGUCAUGAAGGGUGCACCCGAACGUAUCUUGGAGCGUUGCUCAACCAUUUUCAUUAACGGCAAAGAAAAGGUAUUGGACGAAGAGAUGAAGGAGGCCUUCAAUAAUGCUUAUAUGGAGCUUGGUGGUUUGGGUGAGCGUGUGCUCGGUUUCUGCGACUUCAUGCUGCCCUCCGAUAAAUACCCAACUGGCUUCAAAUUCAACACAGACGAUGUUAACUUCCCCAUUGAUAAUUUGCGUUUCGUCGGCUUAAUGUCCAUGAUUGAUCCACCACGUGCAGCUGUACCCGAUGCCGUCGCCAAGUGCCGUUCAGCCGGUAUUAAGGUUAUUAUGGUUACUGGUGAUCAUCCAAUCACAGCUAAGGCUAUUGCCAAAUCGGUGGGUAUCAUUUCGGAGGGUAAUGAAACUGUUGAGGAUAUCGCACAGCGCUUGAACAUCCCUGUCUCGGAAGUUAACCCACGUGAGGCCAAGGCAGCUGUUGUGCAUGGUGCUGAAUUACGUGAUGUUACACCCGAACAGUUGGAUGAUAUUCUGCGCUAUCACACUGAGAUCGUGUUCGCACGUACCUCGCCUCAACAGAAACUGAUCAUUGUGGAGGGUUGCCAACGUAUGGGCGCUAUUGUGGCUGUGACCGGUGAUGGUGUUAAUGAUUCACCAGCGUUAAAGAAAGCCGAUAUCGGUGUUGCUAUGGGUAUUGCCGGCUCUGAUGUAUCCAAGCAGGCUGCUGACAUGAUUUUGCUCGAUGACAACUUCGCUUCGAUUGUGACAGGUGUUGAAGAGGGUCGCUUGAUUUUCGAUAACUUGAAGAAAUCCAUUGCCUACACACUCACCUCCAACAUUCCCGAAAUCUCACCAUUCUUGGCAUUCAUCCUCUGCGACAUACCACUGCCACUGGGUACCGUUACCAUUUUGUGCAUCGAUUUGGGAACCGACAUGGUGCCUGCCAUUUCCUUGGCUUAUGAAGCUGCUGAGGCCGAUAUUAUGAAGCGUCCACCACGUGAUCCAUUCAACGAUAAAUUAGUCAAUUCAAGAUUGAUUUCAAUGGCCUAUGGUCAAAUUGGUAUGAUCCAAGCUGCUGCCGGUUUCUUCGUGUACUUCGUUAUAAUGGCUGAAAACGGUUUCUUGCCGAUGAAACUGUUCGGCAUACGUAAGAUGUGGGACUCAAAGGCUGUCAACGAUUUAACCGAUUCGUAUGGACAAGAAUGGACCUACCGCGAUCGCAAGACACUCGAGUACACUUGCCACACCGCUUUCUUCGUAUCAAUUGUUGUUGUACAAUGGGCGGAUUUGAUCAUCUGUAAGACACGACGAAACUCCGUCUUCCAGCAGGGCAUGCGAAAUUGGGCAUUGAACUUCGGUUUGGUGUUCGAGACAGUGUUGGCGGCCUUCCUGUCGUACUGCCCCGGCAUGGACAAGGGUCUGCGCAUGUAUCCACUGAAAUUCGUUUGGUGGUUACCAGCCAUUCCAUUUAUGUUGGCCAUUUUCAUCUAUGAUGAAAUUCGUCGAUUCUACUUGCGCCGCAAUCCCGGCGGUUGGUUGGAACAGGAGACGUACUAUUAAGCAGCAAAUUAUGUUCAAAUACGCAACAACAACAACAGCAACAUAAUAGCAAACGCAUUUGUAAACAUAGCAUGUACUACGACAACAACAGCAACAAUAGCAACAAUAAUAAGAGCAAAUGCGAAAUCAUCAUAUUUGAAUUUUACGAAACGAGUGCGAAGAGUAACGAGCGCGCAGUGGUCGCGAUGGCAGCAUAAAAAGCAGCAACAUCUAUAACAACAACAACAACGACGACGAUGACAGCAGCAACAAGCAGAGUAACAGUUGUGUGCUUUUCACAAAAAGCGCUGCCGUAAUUGUGCAAAAAUAGCAACAAUUGCAACAACAACAAAUACAAUAUAGAAAUGCAUGCCAGCAGCGAAUAUUUAAAGCGACCAUCAUCACCACCACCACAACAACAACAACAACAAGCAGAAUUAUUUUUUUAAUUUUAAUUAUUUAAUAAUGAAAAAGAUAAUUAUUUAAACGAUUAAGUAAAGUUAAAUUAUAAAUUAAAUAAUGCUAAUAAUAUGAAACAAAAAAAAAAAAAAAAAAAAAAAAUUUAAAUAAAAAAACAAACAAAAAAAGUAAAACGAAAACCCAGCCACACAUUACACAAUAAAUAGUAGUUGUUUUUUGUAAGAAACUCUUGACGAGCAGCCGCUUAGCGAGGAAACCAAAGCAAAAGCAACAAAAAAGUGUGCAAAUGCGCUACAACAAAUCGUUGCGUAGUCAUGUGACUAGCAGUGAGUGCUAGACGAGAGUGACCGUACAUCUUGUUGUGUCUGUUGUUAGUUAGCCGACGGUUAGUAGGCGCAAAGCAUUUGGAGAUUUGUUGCGCGCACUUUCAGUUUCGGUCAUAUAUUUCUAGAGGCGCUUAACGAGCGCAAAACCGUUAGCUAAGCGAACUCUACAACACUUUGAUAAGCAAGAAAAACUUAGUUGAAUUUUUUCAGAAUUUAAAUAUGUAGGAAGUAUAGGAAAAGGGAUAAAUAGAUAAUUAUAUAACUACAGAAACAUAUGACAAAAACACUAAACGAUAGCUAAAAGAAAAUAAAUAAGCAUUGAUACAAAAUUAUAAAAAAACAAAACAAAGAUUAAUAAAGAUGUGGCAUGCAAGUAAGUGUUUAUAUAUAUCUACAUAUAUAUACAUACAUACAUAGUAUAUCCUUGAUAAUAAUGCAAGCAAAAGCAGUACGACAUCUUUAUUAACGCAAUUCACUACCACUAGCAAAAUAAAUUGAAAUCAAAUACACCACCUUAGAAGCUACAAAGCAAACAAAAACAAAAAUUAUGCCCCCAAAAAACCCAUCGCUGGUGUAAGAACUUAGUAAACAAAAAAUGCAUUGAGAAGACCCAUAUUUCUUUUUUCUUUUGACAGGCAGUUUAUUAAUGUAUUAAUGUGUGGAAGCAGCUAAACAAUAUUUAUAAUAUUUAUGUAAAGAAAUACAUAUUUUACAUGUAUAUGUAUAUUGCAUAUGGAGGAGCACAUACACAGCACACAAGCAUACAUACACACAAUUGGUUGAAAAGUUGACCUGAAACCGCAUUGACGUGGGAUUGAAACUAACCGGAACUGUUAUUAAGCCGGAGCUGCGGUGAAAACUAGUUUGUGUUUCGACACAAAGUAUAUAAAAUGGAAGUCCUACUCUUAAAAAACAUGUAAACUGCCACUGCUCUCGUGUGCAUACAAACACACAUACAUACACCAUUUAAAAGCCAGCAUUUUUGGUCAAAUUGUUGUGCAUACAAACGAACAAACACAUACACACACACGUACAGACAAAAGCAUACAUAGACAAAGUAAAAAACAAACGCUGGCAUUUCUUACCAACGCUCUUUUCCACAUUUGUUAAACUAUUUGCGUAACGCGCCGAAACACACCCGCACAUCCCCUCCGCCACCUGUAUUGGCCGUUUCACUUGCUCUGGCGGCAAGUUGUGGACAGCAACGCGUUUAUUGUUGAUUGUUGUUUUUGUAAAGUCCCCCACAUUCUCAAACCCCCCAACACCCCUCCGUUGUUCGUCCCGCUGUAGUUGUCCUAAUUUUUAAGAAACUAAUAAAUAAAUAAUUAAGAAAAUGUGAAAAAAUGAAGAAAAUUGCAAAAACUAAAACGUGAAGUUGCAAGGUAAAGGUGCAAACUUUAAAGAGACGUAAAAUAAUUAAUUUGUUAAUCUAUUUGCCUUUUUAUUGAGAAAUUAGAAUUUAUAAUUAAAGUAUAAAAAAAAAUGUGUGUGAAAAAAACAAAAGCAACAAAUACAAAAUGUGAACCAUUAAGCAGUUAGUAUGCGUUAGCGAAAAUGUAAGGACGAAAGAGAGGAAGCAGAAAAAACUGAAAGUACAGUAAAUUGCAGCGUAAAGAUAACAACAACAACUUUGUAGUGAAUAAUACUAUAUAUAAAAUAAAUUAAAUGAAAUUGUAGUGCAUGUCUUUUAACGCUUUAAAACGCUUCACAACAGCUGCACGUACAUACAUACACCCACACACACACACACACGCAAGCACACGCUGACUAGCGCGUGUGUUGAACGCGGCUGAGCUGACUGGCUUGCGGGCCACGUGUGGUGACGAGCCAGCUGUAAAUGGAUGUAGGACAUGCGUGCAUAUGAUUUCUUACUAAUGCAAAUGUGUAUGAAAUGAAGCAGAGAAAAUGAAAAUUGAAAGAAUUGAAAUUGAGAAAAUAUAAUAUUUAUGCAUAAAAAAAUAUCAAAUGCAUGAAAAUAUAUAUAUAAUUGAGGCAUAAUUCACACGACAUAACGGCAAGCAGUAAGAGAAUAUUUCGUAAAAGUGUUCAUAUAAAAGAAACAAAAAAUAUAAGAGAAAAACAAAACAUUUAAGUAUUAAAAAAAUAAAAA